CAGCUUCGUUGACGCUCCGAAAAAACACGUUGUGCUAAGUUGUCACUCAAACUGGCAGAACCCGCCCGACCGUCAGAACCAGGUCGUUCAUCAUACAUGUUGUGUGUCUGCCGCUUUGCCUCGUUGUGCUGUGUGACUGCCACGCGAGGCGGGAUAUGCUGGUUUUUAAUCGACCACAUCAAUCAAGAAGGGAGCGCGUGCCACUACAAAACCUGCCGACUCUGAGCUAACCCGUUCUUAUAUUUAAGAGUUAACUGCGUUUUUGUUGUUGUUAAAAUGAGAAAUACAUCAUUCCUGCUGCUGCUCCUGCACGCCAUCUCAUGCUGCGUGUUGGUCAGUGCCACUCUCUCAAAAACUGAUGCAAAGAAGUCGCACAAAGCUGUGGCUGAGGCAUCUCCAGCUGAGCUGUCUGUGCUGGAGAGAGGCCUCGUUGUGUCGGACCCGUCCUGGAAAGACAUAGUGAAGGAGGAAAAGAGACACUGGGCUCAGAUCAAGAAAACCUUUCAAGGACCGGUGCUUGGAUAUGUCACCCCAUGGAAUUCCCAUGGUUAUGAUGUUGCCAAAAUAUUUGGUGCUAAACUAACUAUGGUGUGCCCAGUCUGGCUUCAGCUGCACCGACGAGGAGCGGAAACCUUCGAAGUUACAGGACUCCACGAUCAUGACCCAGGCUGGGUCAAAGCUGUACGCAAGUCGAGUAAAAAAGUCCGGAUGGUGCCUCGGCUGUUAUUUGACGGCUGGUCUUACCAGGACUACUUGCAUGUGAUGGAAAGUGAAGAUGAAAUUGAGGAGCUGGGAAUUGAGUUGGUGAAUGUUGCAAAGACUGAAGGUUUCGAUGGUUUCACGUUGGAGCUGUGGAGCCAGCUGGGAGGUAACAAAAGGAAGGAGCUGGUCCAUUUGGUGAAACACAUAUGUGAAACUUUGAAGGCAAAAAGAUUAGACUGCAUUCUUGUCAUCCCACCUGCUGUGACAAGUGACGGCCAGCCAGGUAUGUUUGGCAGGGAGGAGUUUGAGGAGUUGGCCCCGGUGGUGGACGGAUUCAGCCUCAUGACGUACGACUACUCCAGUGGUGCCAGACCGGGCCCGAGCUCCCCCCUCCCCUGGGUGAGGGACUGUGUUCUCCAACUUGCUCCCAACGCUCAGUGGAGGCAAAAGAUCCUGCUUGGACUCAAUUUGUAUGGCCUGGAUUUUGCAAGCCAGGGAGCAGAGCCAACCCUGGGAGGAAGGUACAUCGAGAUUUUGCGAGAACACAGGCCAAAACUUCUCUGGGACGAAUACUCUGCAGAGCAUUAUUUCAGCUACAGGAGGAGCAAUGCCGUUAAGCAUGUGGUGUACUAUCCGUCAUUGAAGUCGCUCUACCUGAGGAUCUCUUUAGCGACUGAACUGGGAACAGGGAUUUCCUUAUGGGAAUUAGGACAAGGACUGGACUAUUUCUAUGAUCUCCUAUAAGAGUUGGACUUGAUAGAGAAGACUGUAGACUUUGGACCAGCAGCACAUGGAUUUUACUUUCUUUUUUUUCUUUAAACACAGCACCAAACAUUCGGGAGCUAUAUGCAGCUAAAAUGUUUCUGUUUUACAAGUUAGGGUCACAUAAACUGAAACGAGCCGUUGACAGAAUUUGGUUAAUACUCAACUUGUUUGAGGGUCAUGAAAGUGUUGAAAUCCCUUCUACAUGAACAAAUGCCAUAUUUGUUGACUCAAACAAUACUCACAGCAGACACAAGAUACUUCAGUAUGUUUUUAUUCCUCAUCAUUGAUGGUAUUGUGGAAAACAAUUCAAUUUGUACAGUUUAGUCAAAGUGCAGUGACUCAUCUCCCUUCAUCAACAGAGGGUGCAUGAUAAUCAAUAUCUAUAACGUUGAAAUGAAAGGUUAUUUUCUCUCUCGUUCACUGACCAGACAUCAGCAGCCUCUCCUCAGUCCAAAUCCCAAAAAAUCUGUUCUUUUGUGCACACACAUAUUUCUACUCUUGGGUGCAGCUUUGCUUGCUGUGAAUCCUUCUGACUUCCUCAAAACUGCAUCUGCUUUUGAUAUUUGAUUAUGUUCAUAAUAACAGCAUUGAGAAGUUGUAUUUACAAUGUUGCCAAACAUCAGUUCUUACCCAGCAUCCGAGAUGAACGUUUGUUUAAUUACAUGAAUAUAAAUGUCGAACAACUAAACAGUUGAAUUUGAAUGCU